AUGCAAAAAGAUGAAGAAUUAUCUACUGAGUUAGUAGACCUUUAUAAAGGUUUAUUUAUUUUACAAACACUUGAAGAUCUUUUAGCCAAAGAGAUGCUUGAUGAUAAUAAAUAUAAUGGUGUUGGUGAUAUUACAGAAUUAAGUAAUGAUACAACUUUUAUUAAUUUAAAUAGUCAUAUAAGUAAAAAAGAAGAAAAUAAUGCAGUUUUAGGAAGGAAAGUUAAAAUAGCUACACAAUUACCUGAUCCUUCUGAUUUUAAUAAUUUAAAACAUA